UUUCACCUUUUUUUCCCUUCAGAAGAUUCCAGAAUGGUUGGUAAGGUUUGCAUAAUAGGCGGAGGACCCUCAGGCCUCGCUGUACUCGCGGGGUUUGCGAAGAUGCAACGAGAAGGACAGGAUAUUCCUGAGUUGGUGUGCUAUGAGAAGCAGUCUAACUGGGGAGGAUUAUGGAACUAUACCUGGAGAACCGGUUCAGACCAACAUGGGGAACCGGUUCAUGGCAGUAUGUACAGGUAUCUCUGGUCCAACGGUCCUAAGGAGACCCUUGAGUUUCCUCAGUAUACAUUUGAAGAACAUUUUGGUAAAGCUAUUCCUUCCUUCCCACCCAGAGAGGUGCUAUUCGACUACCUUCAGGGCCGAUGGAAAAAGGAGGACAUCAAAAAAUAUGUCAAGUUUAACACCGUGGUGCGAGAUGUCUGCUAUAACAAGGAAACUGAUGAUUUCACUGUAUCUGUCAAACGUUUGGAUGAAGACCAGGUUGAAGACGGAGAAAGGUUUGAUUAUGUGGUUGUAGCCUCUGGACACUACUCUGUUCCUAAUGUUCCAAGCUUCCCGGGGAUUGAUAGGUUCCCAGGAAGAGUUCUACAUUCUCAUGACUUCAGGGAGGCGAAUGAGUUUACUGGUAAGAGAUUACUCUGUAUUGGAGCCAGUUAUUCAGCUGAAGAUAUUGCCUUGCAAUGCAUUAAGUAUGGAGCAGAAUCUGUUGUGAUCUCCUACCGAACCAAAGCUAUGGGUUUCAACUGGCCUAAGGAGAUAACUGAGCGCCCCCUGGUGGAUAGAUUUGAAGGGAAAACUGUCCACUUUAAAGAUGGCAGUAGUUCAGAGGUUGAUGCUGUUAUCAUGUGUACUGGAUAUCUACAUUCAUAUCCUUAUCUCAGGGAAGAACUCCGUCUGAAAGCCUCUAAUGUACUGUACCCCCCCGGGCUGUACAAGGGAUUGGUCUGGCAGAAAGGUGGAAACAAUAAACUACUGUACAGCGGUGUACAGGAUCAAUAUUAUACCUACACAAUGUUUGAUGUGUGUGGAUUAUGGAUCGCUAAGCUGAUCCAAGGAAAAGUGCAACUACCCGACCGAGACACCAUGGAAAAAGACUGGAAAACCUGGCAUGCGCGAUGUGGAACUCUGAACUCUGAUGCUGAGGAUAUCAGCUUUCAGACAGAUUUCAUUCAGGACUUGGUGAAGGAUUUAGGAGAUGACUACCCCUACAACGUGGACACCCAGGAGAUCUUCAACACCUGGGAGCACCACAAGGUCGAGGACAUCCUCUCCUACAGGGAUAAAAGCUUUGCGUCAAAAUAUACUGGAACUCCAUCCCCAAUCCAUCACACCACGUUUAUGAAAGCCCUGGAUGACUCAAUGGCAACUUUCCUAGACCAGAGGAAAAAUUAGAAUUAAAUCAAGAUGCCAGUUUUAAUUGCAGAAUAAUAAAUUAUUCAAUUGAAUAAAAA